UUUCUCCACGUCACUCUUUCGAUAAUGCUCUCUCUCGUCGCCUCUCCUCCGGUAAUCUCCGCCGCUUCUCUCUCUAAACCUCUCCGUUCUCUCUCCAAAUCCGCGCUCCCUCUCUCCAGAAGAGCCAGACCCAUUCUCCCUUUCCCCAAAACCGCUCGAUCCAUCACCAUCUACAAACCUCCGAUGAACAACCUCUUCAACAGACUCGGAUUCGGGUCUCGUCCCCAACCCGACCCGGCUUCCGCCGCAAUCGCGCAAGGACCCGACGACGAUGUCCCGUCUCCGGGUCAGCAGUUCGCGCAAUUCGGCGCCGGCUGCUUCUGGGGAGCGGAGCUGGCUUACCAGAGGGUCCCCGGCGUGACGAAGACGGAGGUCGGGUAUAGCCAGGGGUUCGUCGACGGUCCGAGCUACGAUGACGUCUGCUCGGAGACGACGGGGCAUAACGAGAUUGUUCGGGUUCAGUUCGAUCCGAAAGAGGUCAGCUUUGAGAGCUUGCUCGAUGUCUUUUGGAAGCGUCAUGAUCCGACCACGUUGAAUCGCCAGGGGAAUGAUGUGGGGACGAGGUACAGAUCAGGCAUAUACGUCUACACAGACGAGCAAGAGAAGUUAGCUCGUGAAUCUAUGGAGAAUCAGCAGAAGGUCUUGAACAGGAAGAUUGUGACUGAGAUACUUCCCGCCACGAAAUUCUACAGAGCGGAAAGUUACCACCAGCAGUACCUGGCAAAAGGUGGUCGCAUGGGUCUCAGACAAUCUGCUGAGAAAGGUUGCAACGAUCCUAUCCGAUGCUAUGGCUAAAAAUCUAGUCAGUCUCUCGGUCAUGUGGUACUUGUAAUAAAGAGUAAUGAUGAUGCAUUAUAUGGAGUGUAAAAUACGUCACCACCGCAACAGUCUUGUGAAUUUCAUUCUGUAAUUCUCAGUUUACAAUAAACCAUUAUUUGUUAUCUUUAUAUAUCAAAAUUUUAUAUUCAAAA